GUUAUUUGGACGCCUUCUCUCCCUCUUUCCGCUCUAUCCAAACAGAAGAGAAGAAAGGAAAGGAUACAAAAAAUGCCUUUGUCUCUACUGAUGCCGACGUCUCCCAUUUUCUCGCAAAAGAAGCUCCCUUCAAUAUACUGCAAAUCGGAGGGUUCAUCUUUCCAUUCAUCUCCUCGGAUCAACGGCUCUCACGCGCCGUCGUACCCUUUAUCCGUUUCGCUAUCACCCACCAAAUCGCCUUGUCAACUCCCGUCGGCCUCCUUGAUGACAUCGCAAUCGCCGUCUUCGCCGUUGAAAUAUCCGUUGUCGAUUUGCGUCCCGAAGAUACAGCUACCGUUCGUAGCCGAUACGAAGCCGUAUUUGGUGAAGGGGAAGAGGCCGGGGAGAAUAGAGAUACCGACGUUAAUGGCGGUUCAGCUGGGAUUAUCGGCGGGGACGCCUAGAGGAGAUGAGGAGGUGCGGGUGGAAGCGGAAGGAUAUUCUGUUUAUUGUAAGAGAGGGAGAAGAGGGAAAAUGGAAGACCGUUACUCUGCUGCCGUUGAUCUUGACGGAGAUCCCAAACAGGCUUUCUUUGGUGUUUAUGAUGGGCAUGGAGGUUCAAGGGCUGCUGAAUUCGUGUCAAAGAAUUUGGAUAAGAAGGUAAUGGCAGAGGUAUCAAAAACAGGUGAAGAUGCCGCUAUUGAUCAUGCAAUUAGAGAGGCAUAUUUAACCACCGAUACGGAUGUGCUCAAGGAAGAUCUGAGUGGUGGUACGUGCUGUGUUACGGUAAUGAUUCGUAAAGGCAAUCUUUUCGUAUCGAAUGCAGGCGAUUGUCGCGCCGUUUUGAGCCGAAACGGUGUAGCCGAGGCUCUAACGUCCGAUCAUCAUCCUUCGAGGCAAGACGAGAGAGACAGAAUUGAAGCUUUGGGUGGCUAUGUGGAUCGUUGCCACGGUGUUUGGAGAAUUCAAGGUUCUUUAGCUGUUUCAAGAUCAAUUGGUGAUAAACAUCUUAAACAAUGGGUAAUAGCCGAACCCGAAACGAAGAUGUUGGAAAUUAACUCCGAGUUCGAGUUUUUGAUCCUUGCCUCGGAUGGUCUUUGGAAUAAGGUUACGAAUCAAGAGGCGAUCGAUUUCGUUCGCCCUUUCUGCGUCGGCCUCGACAAUCCUAAUCCUUUCCCGGCUUGUAAGAAGCUGGUUGAAUUGUCAUCAUGGAGAGGCUCAUUCGACGACAUCAGUGUGAUGAUAAUUCCGCUACAACAUUUCGCUUCUUAACUCAUUGAGGAGAAAAACAAUCCGAUAAAAUUCGAUAGUCCGGGAACCGGAAUCGAAUCUCUCACCGUAACAGAAAGCUAGAAGAGAUCUCCUAGACCAGUUACAGCACUUUGGAAAUAUACUUCAUCCAUUUAUCCUACAUAAAACUACAGGAACCAGUGGCUC